CACAGCAAUCCACGGAGAGCAGCACGCAGUGGAAGGAAUAACAAGUAAAGAAUGGAACAGAAUGGAGAAGGCAAAAUGGAAUUAACGAAAGAGAAGGACAAGAAGAAUAAGAUAUGCAAGAGGUGUAAAGUGGAUUACAGUCCGUCGUUAAACGACCCUAUUUCGUGCCGAUUUCAUCCUUCUUUCUUCGUUUGUCGUCGUCACGACGACCAGAAAAGGUACUAUGAACUGGGACCUGAUGAUCCUCCCUAUGCUGCCAAAUUCUAUGAUUGUUGUGGAGCAGAGGACCCUGAGGCAUCCGGCUGCACUACUGGUUUCCAUGUUUCUUAUGAUGACGACCAAUGAAGUAUUGCUCUUCUUCAUCACUCCACCUUGACGGUAAAUUAGAGGUCUAGAAAAUUUGAAUAUCCUCCUCUGUUUAUAAAUUUUUUCUGUCUCCAUUAAAUAGCAGUGUUACGAAUACAUUCCUAGCCAAAGAUGUAUUUGGGGAUGUUUUUAUCUCGUUAUUUGUUGGAUGGGUUAGGAAUAUCCUGAGUCGAACUUAAACUCUGUUGUGACAGCAAAAUAGAGAGGGCACCCUCUGCACAGGACAAUGUUUUUCAUUCCAUCCUUGAUUUGGGAGUUUGAGUUUGAGCUGCGUAGGUACAAUAUGUGCAUGCACGGGCAGGUUUGUGUCCUUUUUUUUGUUCGCUUUCAUGAGUAGGAAAAAUAUUUGUUUGUCCAUGUGUCAACACAGUGUGGUUGUGUGUUUGGUGUGUUAGUAUGCGUUUGCGUUUGGUGUAUUAGAGAAUGUGUGCGCGUGCAUGUUUACUUUUUUUAUUGUGUGUAUGAGUGUGUGCAUAAUUUUUUUUGGUGUAUUAGUAUGUACAUUUAUUUAGGCUAUUAGUGUAUGCGUUGCACAGGGUACGAGUCUG